AAAACCACCUUUUAAUAACCUUCUUUAAUUAAAACAUAAAUCAAUAAAUACAUGAAUAAAUAAUGAAUGAAACACCAAUGCAAGGCCACAGGCUGAACGGUCACAACGUUACUCUGAAUGAGUUGGAAAGUGAAGGAAUGGAUCAUUUUUCAUUCUAACUUAGCAUUUUUACAAAUUGGCAUAGGUAUUAAUAAUAAUUGAAAUAAUAAUAAUUGAGUUUAUUAUUAUUAUUAUUAUUAUUAAUAAUAUAUGACACACUGUAACUAAAUGGUCUAUGUGAAAUGUAUGUUCUCGUUUUCAUCACUACGGUCCCGAAUGAUGGCUUGUAGAUAAAAUCAGCCGCAGGAAGAAAAUUUUGCAAGUGUCAUAUUUGAUGCUCAAAGAGGACUGCAUUGCUCCUUCUGUUCAUAAGAGUCCAUUUCAACGUAUCUGAGUCUGUGAGACGGGGAACGAAUGGGAGGGGUGGCUUUAACCCAAAUGACCGAUUACAUAACAUCCUGAAAGAUCACUACAUACAGAUAACAGAAAAACAAAUAAGUCCCAAAACAGCGAAUGAGUGAAUGAUACCAGUUCUCCCCAUGCUCCUUUUCUCUUCGUGGGAAUGAUGCUGAUAUCGCCAACACCUCCAGUCCUCUGAGUGGAUCCAGGAUCAAUGAAAGAGAGAGAGAGAGACGGAGAGAGAGCAGAGAGGGAUGUCUGCGUGUGUAUUUUAAGCCACAGCUGUUGAGCAACCCCAAGUACGUGCUCAACCCCAGAGAGACAAGCGGAGAGCAGAGAGGAGUAUACCGUCCGUCUCUUCGCUCUGCGGACGCGCGUGUAAAACCCAUCAGCUCCCGGAUUUGCUUCCAACUUUCCCGUUUUUAGCUCGCUGAUCUCGUCCUUGUCGCAUUCCUCCGAACGUUUGGAAUGACCACUUUUCCCGCCUGCGUCGUUUCCAUGUCAGCAUGGGAACUGCCGUGUCCAAAAGGAAGAAUCUGAGAAACGAUGCGAUAUCUUCCGUGGCAGCAAAAGUUAGAGCAGCGCGAGCAUUUGGAGAGUACCUGUCCCACACGCACCCUGAAAACCGAAACGGAUCAGCUCAUCUUCUGUGUGAAACCUUGGUGGGUCCUGAUCCAGAGUCGCCAAGAGACACGACUGGACUCAACAUCAACAACACUCACCUCCCUCCCUGCUCCUCUGCUAAAGGCUGUACGAACAAACCAGAUUCUAUCCUGGCAAAGGAAAAGCUGGGCCUAAUCCAGCCUGCUCUCCCAUCCAUCACAGUUUCUACCAAGCCGACUUGUCGCUCGCUUGAACAUAGCUUCGCAGCAGAGGAGGACCAGAAGUCGUCAUUUGAGUGCACCCGUGUGUACACCAUCUCUUCCCAGCACGGCAUGCUGAUGAGCAGUGGCCGGGGCAGCAAAGAGAGCCUAGAACUGGACAUCCUGAAGGAGAAGUCGGGGAGCGGUGGGGUGGGGUCUAGAGGUGGCCCAAUCCAGCCCUCCACCUCCCCAUCCUCUGCCUCCUCAUCUCCAACCCAGUACAUCCGCUCGAGCAGCAGCCGAGGCAUCAGCAGUUGUAGCCGCAAUCACCACCACCACCACACCCCUGUCUCUGGAAUAAACGCCUCCUCUAGCAGUGGUGGAAUCAGCGGGGCAAGCUGUAGCAGUAGUCACCAACAGCAGCAAGCGGGUGCAGGAUCCCACUCCCACCACCACGCCCAUCAUCACCAUCACCUAUCCCAGCCACCGCUACAGACCUCCGUCAGCGCGCACAAUAUCCGUAGCCUUGGUGAAGGCGCGAAAGGAGAAGCAGAGUGCAGCGGGCUUGCUUGCGACUCAUGCAGCGGCACCCCUUCGCGUAGCCAGGGGUCACUGGACUUGGAAAGUACAUCCAGAGAGGCAGGCAAGCAGCACCGACGCCUAGAGCGGAUGUGGAGUGUGGACCGAGUGACUGGGCUGGAGAGAGAGGACACCAACUGGUUCCCCAAGGAAAACAUGUUCACCUUCCAAACAGCCACAACAACAAUGCAAGCGAUAUCGAACUUCCGGAAGCAUCUUCGGAUGGUGGGAAGCAGAAGGAUUAAAGCGCAGACAUUCGCUGAGCGUAGAUCGAAGAGUUUCAGCCGUUCCUGGAGUGACCCCACCCCAGUCAAGACUGACUCCCCUCAUGAGGCUAAAGACAGUGGAGACCUGCAGGCCUCCACUAAUGCCCUGGAGGAUGGAGCCCUUGAUGAUGCUCUAGACUGGGAGGAGGAGAAAGAGAUGGAGAGGCUGGCCUGUGAAGGAGAUGACUUUGUUCCUCCCAAAAUUAUGCUGAUCUCUUCCAAAGUUCCAAAAGCAGAAUACAUUCCCACCAUAAUCCGCAGGGAUGAUCCAUCUAUCAUCCCCAUCCUCUAUGAUCAUGAACAUGCAACUUUUGAUGACAUUUUGGAGGAAAUAGACAAGAAGCUCACAGCGUACAGGAGAGGAAGUAAAUUCUGGAGGAUGCUUAUCUUCUGUCAGGGAGGCCCUGGUCAUCUGUACCUACUGAAGAACAAGGUGGCGACCUUUGCUAAAGUGGAAAAAGAAGAAGAUAUGAGCCAAUUUUGGAGAAGAUUGAGUCGCUUUAUGAGUAAAGUCAACCCGGAGCCAAAUGUGAUCCACAUAAUGGGAUGCUAUGUUCUGGGAAACCCCAACGGAGAAAAGCUGUUCCAGAAACUGAAGAAUCUGAUGAGGCCGUAUUCUGUUGAGUUUGAAUCACCGCUGGAGCUGUGUGCACAAGGCAAGGAAAUGAUUGAGAUGUACUUCGAUUUUCGCCUUUACCGCCUUUGGAAGACGCGCCAGCACUCUAAACUCUUGGACUACGAGGACCUUUUGUGACAAAGACAUGCUGACAAAGAGUGCAGCGGUAGCCCAACAGUGCCAAGAGGACACUGUUAAAACUGACGAUCCAGUGGCAGAACAUAUCUUAAUUGUCAGGUUGGGGCCGACAGCUUAAAAAAUAAAAAGUUGUACCUGCUUUAAUGCUGGUGAAGGCCGGAAGUGGAGGAAAAGCAGCAGCAGGACAAUGUAGAACAACAAAGGAAAUGAGAAAAAAAUGAGGAUAAACCCCAACAAAGCUGAACUAUCCAUAUCAAACCUGUCAAAUCUAUUUUUUUUCUUUAUCACUUGAGUUUCAAAAAUAUAAACUGAUGAUUAAAAGUGUAUACAUAUACAGUUUUUGUCACACUGUUGUUGCAAUACCAUGCUUUCUGGGGCAAUGUGCUUCAGACGAAUUGCUGUAACUCAUCCUGUCUCAAUGUGGUUCUGUGUUUUGACCUCUCAGACUGGCCCCUGAGACACAUCGGUAAUGUUAAAGUGUGUAUAGUUCACAUGAAUAUAUUAGUAUAGCCUUAGUCAUGCAAAUAAUACUCUAUAUUGGAUCAUCGUUUAUUUUUGAAGUGCAUUGUUGUGCAGUUUCAUAUGGAAAUACUUUGAAAUAACUCAGGUUUUUGCCAUGAAUUGAAUGAAUCUGUCUAUUCUAUGAUGACAUUGUAAUAUUCAACGCCAUUGCUUUGAAUGAAUGUAUUAUCUCUCUAGAGAUUUGUGGGAAUAUGAAUGUUUUGUGAGGAAAAAAAAGUUUCGAGUGUGUUUUCCAUUUAAAGUAAGUGUGCAUUUUCUCUUAAAUCUCCUUUAAGCAAAAAGAAUAAUUGCCAGCAUUGCCAUAAAUAUCCCUUUGUCAUGUCUAUUCAAAAAGGAUGACAGUCCAGCGUGACUCAUGAUGUCAAAGGAUGUAACAGCCAUCCAAGGGCUCCUACAACUGAAGAGGAGUUUCCCUGAUGAUCAAAUCUUGUUCUUUUGCAGCGGGAUCAGUCCUAACAAUAGAAGCAACUCCUUUUUUUCUGCUUAAAAUACUCUUUCUGCUCUUAGUAAGAGCCAAACGAGCCUCCAGCACCUCUGGCUUUAAAGACCAGAGUUUUCUGAAAUGGAGAAGUCUACCAGAGUAUGAAGUUGUGAGCCUCACUGACGGGUGUCAACUUAUUUAAAAAGACCAGAAAUGUGCACUCUGCGACAAGUUGAACAAUUCCAGUUGUUCCAGACAGACUAACAAUGAUGUAAUCCACACAGAUGCAAUCAUACAUGCUAGGGCAUAGACCAAAAUACAUUUAGAGACAAAGUUAGAAGGGCACAGGUAACACAGCCUAUAUAUAAUUCAGCUGGUGUGCUUGUCAUGAGCACAACUGCGAAUAGAAACAUACUUCUGAUAUCCGCUGUGGCUCAGGGGGAAGAUUUCUGAGGUAAAUAACACAGAUGUCCUCUCAGCAAUGGCUUUAGACUUCAAAUUCAGUCGGAUUCGUUUGUCACAACACUGGUUGAGUGGACGUGUGUGAGAGCUUAUCGGCAGUAUGUAAAGAAUGAAAAUGCUGCCGUGUUCCAGAGCAGAAAGUGAAGGUUGAUUAAUUAAAGGUGGUAAAUUAGGAGUUAAACCAAUUAAAAGGCAUGUACACCUGACACCUAAAAUUGUAGAUGUUGGCGCUAUAUCACCCAACACAAUAUAAAGGAAGCUACCCUUUUUAUUUGUCAGUGAAAAUUAUAAGAACUUAAUUCUUGCUUUGAGAUUUGUUUUUUUUUUUUUUGGCACCACUGCCAGUGAUCCAAAUUCAGCUUUUAUUGCAGUUACAAAAUCUUUACAAACUUUUCAGUGUGAGAACAUUAUCCAAUGGCUGGGUGAGGGGGGGGGGAGGGGUAUUUGGGGCCUAUGUGAGAUGCUAUUAAUAACCUCCUAUAGCAUUUCAUAUUAUUGAAGCAAAUAAUGAAGGGAAUUUAAAUGGAAGAUGGCCCAGGUUUACGUUAGUAAAGGUGAUCAUUUUUCUUUUCCUCUUCCCAUUUAGAAGUUUGUUGGCAAUUAUUAUUUCUAUGUUCUUUUUUAGUUGUUUUUUUUUCACACCCUGGUUAAACGUGAUUAAAUCCAUUACUGGAGUUUUUUGUUUUUUUCCAAGCUAGAGAUUAUGUUACUGCAAUAAAAGAUGGAUUUAUUUUAAGGCUUUUUAUACAUCUUCAACAGGUGAGCCAGUAACCUUUGCAAAUGCUGCUUUUAAUGUCAAAGGAAAUGUUAGUUUUAGAUUGAAAAUAUGAAAAACUUUCUAUAGGAGCUUUGAAUAAAGCUUCAGGCCCUGGGGCAAAUCCUUAUAUCCCUAUGAAUCUUUUUUAUCUUCAAAUUCUAGUACAUUGCAAUGUAGAAAUAUGAAAUUCUUGUAUUUUAGUUAAAAAACAAACAAAUUAAAUCUCUAAAGUGACUGUUAGCUGCUUUGGUUUUUGGGUAUUGACAAAACCAAAUUGGGAUUCUGCCUUUUUUGCUUUGCUUGCUGGGUCAGAGAGAAUAUUUACUGACAAAAUGUUUUAAACAAUGUUUAAUUCAAGAUGUUUAAAAGGCCACAGUGCAAAACUAAUCCAAUCACAGCAGUUCCAUAACAACCACCAAGAUCUGUUAUGCUGCAAAGAGCAAGAAAGUAAAAUUUAAAUAAGCGUUUGCAGACAAGAAGUGGGUGGAGAAAGUGUGUAGGGGCGAAGUGGUCAUAGCUUUGAAUAACACACACAAAACAAUGCUGUCGAUAUUUCCGUUAUAAUUCUUUCCUACUUGUUCUGUUGUCAAUAUAUGAGGAUUUGUUAAAGUUUGAUGUGAUUAACAUUUUUUGAGAAAAAAAACCCUCUAAAUGAUCUUUUUCUUAUUAUUUCUGAUGUAUUUGCUGUGUCUGACAUUGCAGUUCUAGCCUGUUUUUCUGGGAUAGCCAAGUGCUCUCGUCUCUUCUCUCUUUCUCUCUCAGCCUGAGUCACGCAAUAUGUUUUCACUACAGAUUUAAAAUUCAGCAGUUACACAACCUGUCAUCUCACAGAGCCAUUUUAAUUCCAGCAAAAGCACCGUGCUGCCAAAUUCUCCGAGAAGUCGCCCUAAACAGCUGCUGGAUUUUAAUGGGAUUAUUUUUCAGAGCUUUCACCCCAGCAUAAUUUUCCGCUUCAGAAACACAGCAGCCACGGGUUAUUUCAGUCAAAAAAAAAAAAAAAAAAGUGCCACAGGAUAAAAAUAAUCUAUUACCUGUCCUGAGGAAAAAUGUCUUACUGGUUUAGGAUUAUGUUAAAUUUAUUUGGGAAGAUAAGGAGAGGGGCAUCGUGACUCAGGAGUUUUAGAGAGAUUACUUUUUGUUUCUAUCAUUAGCAAGAAAAAAAAUGAAGGAGAUUCACUGGAAAUCUAAUUAAAGAUUCUUAUGAGUUUA